AUGAAAUUUGUCAAAUUAUCAAAUUGGUUUAUAAAAUUUAUUGAAGGAAACUACGAUGACUUUGAUAUAGUACUAGAAGGAAUAGCUGGAAAGAACGAUAUGUUCUUACCUCUGAAUAGUUAUUAUAUUUCUACACCUAUAAUAUAUAUUGGGAAGUAUAAUGAAAUUUUAUGUGAUGGUAAUAUUUUAAUAGAGCUUGAAAGUUCAAUAAAUAAAAAUAAGAUGAAGAAUAUGGGUUUUUCCUUAGAAUUUAUCUCUUGCUUCAAAUAUGGUUUUCCAACAAAUUGGGUAAAUAUUACUGAUGAUUUUUACUUGAAAUUUAAAAAAAAUAAUGAUUUAUCUAUUUCACAUCAAUUAGUAGAAGUUGCCCUUCGAGAAAUGAAUGAAUACAAAGUUACUUAUCUUGAAAGUGCUGUAAAUAUUGUGGAUUGGUAUCUUAGAAUACAUCCUUGUGAAAAUGAAGAUGAUUUCCAUGUUAUUCUAAAAGGACAAAUUAAAGACUAUACAAAUCAUUCUUAUAAUGAUGUCUCAUGUGAAGAUGUUAUCUGUGAUAGAGAAACUUUUGAUAUAAUUCUUUGUGGUAGAACUCAACUCUACAAACUAGUAGCCCCUAUAAAUGUUAAAAAAAUGAAAGAAUAUGGAUAUCCAGAAGAACUUAUUAAUUGUUUUAAAUUUGGAUUUCCAUCAAAUUGGUUUCAAUUAUGGCUUGACAUUAAACGAAAGCCUUCUGAUUCUAAAUUUUUUAAAACACAUCAGUAUUCAUCAAACGAUGUCAAGAAAGGCUUUAUUGAGUUAGAAUGUGAAGGAAUGUUAGAUGUUGAAUCAAGUUUAUCUUCUUCUUUAUUGUCAUCAUCUUUUGUGUCUACAAAUGAUAGUGUUUCCCCAUUACCUAAUACUAAAAAACCGAUUUGGAAUGAUUUAGAAAUUUCAGAAAAUAUAUUUAGUCUAAAAGGAUUUUUGACAAAUGAUUUUCUUCAACAUAACUCUUUAAGUUCAUCUGUAUCUUUAGUUAAUUCAUUGGAUAUACCCAACGAUACCAGUAAAUUAUUUAAUUCAUCUUUAAAAGCAGAAGAUAAAAAUAAAGAGACACAAAUGACUGAUUUUUUCGCACUUACAAAUAAAUUUUCAUCAUUUUCCCAAAUUUCUGAUAGUGAACAUGUUGCAAAAUUUGAAGGUAUGGAUAAAACUUCUAAAAAAAUUAUGAAUAAUAAUGAUCAAAUUAUUAAUAAUUCGAUUGAUACGGAAGAAUUAUUUGAUGCUUCAUUAGAUUUGGCAGAUAUGGAAAAUUCCUCCCGAGAUGAUUCAACAAUAAAAACAAAACCAUUAGUCUACUAUAUUCCAGCUGUUAAACAUAUUUCAAAAUCAAAAAAAAAGUCCACAAAAAUAAAAAAACGAGAACCCGUAGAAAUUAAAUUCAAUUUUGAAAAAUUGGUAUAUGAAGAAAUUGAAAGAUACAAAAACUCGAGUUUGGAUAAAGUAUAUUUUGAUGAAGACUCUAGUUUAAAAAAUUUAUUUUAA